AUGACUCCUCAAACACCUCGCGGUCGUUUCUGCAACAAUGGAUCUGUGUCUACGUUUUUUCCUCCAACAGGAUCUCAUUCGAAAAACGACAAAUCGGUAACUACACUCAACAAAUCUGGAAAUAUCCUCACAACUACCCUCACCGACUUCUUGCUCAAGAGUCAAAACAAAGGGAUAUCUGGCCAGAAACAGAGUUUUCUAAGGAAGAUUUCAAACUCAGUGCACGAUGUGGUUCACGUUCCGAGAGUAUUCGACUAUACUCCUGAAGAAACCAUGUACUGCAUUGAGGUUAAGGAUUUGCUGAAAAAAUAUCAAGAGAAGCCGCCAGUGAAAAUUGUCAAGAUGCCAGCUAUCUCCACGAAUAUUCUUGAAAUAAUUUCUUUUGAUAAUAAAAACUUAUAUUUUAAAAAUAUGAUUUUCAAAGUAGUGUUUUAUCUCAAUUUUUAUAACCAUAUGCCAGAGUCUCAAAAGAAUCUGGAAUAA